AUGUCUAUUAAAACAAACCACCCACAGAUAAUUUUAUACUGGAUUGAAUUAAUCAUCGGUAUCAUCUGUAUUGCUCUAGCUGGUAGAGGUUACAAUGAAGUUGGAUUCCAGUAUUUAAUAACAAUUGGGGCAGUCUCUGCUAUCAUUAAUAUCAUUUUCCUUUUAAUGUAUGGAUUUGCUACAACACGACCAACACCAGGACGUUCAAUUGUAAAGUUAAUUGAAACGGUUUACCAGUGUAUUCUGACUCUACUAUAUUGUAUUGCUAUUGGUGUCACUUUCAAUCAUUUGGAGUAUUUACAAUAUUUCAUUGGACCAAUCACUAUAUUUACAUCGGCUAAUUUUGGUGUUUACAUAUUUGGCAGUAUGGUCGCUUUAACUGAGUUGGUUUGUCGACAUCCAGAGGUGAAUAACACUAGUCAAGGGAAUACAUCAACUACGAAUCCCCGGCAUCAACUGAUCAAGUCAAGUAAAACAAAAGCAGAAAAAAAGUGCACAGUAUACUCCCAUAGUGUAUAUAAUUACCAAAAAAAUAUUUAA